UUGGCUAUUCCACCAUACAAUGCAGUGAGGGCAGCCGGUGACUGGCACAGGGAUGGAACUAGCUGAGGAGUCAACUUCUGAGAGACAGACAGAAAAUCGCUUUAAAUUGGUGCUACUCGGGAGCGCUGAUGUGGGAAAAUCAAGCCUGGUUCUCAGGUAUACAAGAGAUGAUUUUAUGGAAACCGUCUCUACUACAGGAUGUGCCUUUUUCUCGCACAGAGUUUAUCUCCAAGGCAGAAUGCUAGACUUUGAGGUCUGGGACACCGCUGGGCAGGAAAGAUACCACAGUGUGUCCCAUCUUUAUUACCGUGGUGCCAGUGCUGCCUUGCUGGUUUACGACAUUACUUCCAAGGAGUCCUUCAGCAGAGCUCAACUUUGGUUUCAGGAGCUGCAGAAAUAUGUCUUCAGUGGAGAGAUGGUUAUUGCACUGGUAGGAAACAAAAGUGACCUUCAAGAUAAAGGAAAGGUCUCAAGAGAGGUUGCACAGGCUUUUGCUGAACAAAAGGGACUUCUGUUUAUAGAAACUUCCGCUAAAACAGGAGAUGGCGUAAAAGAGGUAUUUGAAGCAGUGGCCCAUGAACUACUGGCUUUGGAAAAACAAAAGGAAGAGAAACAACGCAGAAGGGACUCCCUCAUCACCCUUGAAGAAUCACGCUCCUCCGAUGUAAGGCACAGAUGCUGCAAUUUCCACUAAAGGCGCAGUAGCAGCAUUUGGGUGGAAUAGUGUGUCUCCAGGACAUACUAGUAGUAAAGAACGUCUAGUACAGGGAAACCUCUAUAAAAGACCGCCUCAUUGAGAAGACCAGCCCCAUUCUCCAGACCAGGUUUUUAUGUGACACACUGGCCACAUUCUUCGGGAAGACUACCUCCCACAAGACCACCUGUCAUUGCAAUUUUGAGUGUUUUUCUUAAAGACAUUUUGUUACGCUUUAGUAGACUAUAAGAUCUAGUUUCUAGGGACUAUAAUUUAAAGGGGUGCGCCCAUCAAUCGUUUUUCAAAUCACAUAUUUACAAUCUUUGUGAGUAUUCUGUGUAAUUUUGCUUUAUAAAAAACAAGUAGAUGGUUUUCUGGAUAAAAAGCCACUCCAUGUAUCCUACUUGCUGUCCUGGCUCUUUAACUUCCUCUUCAGACUUUUAGCACAGCAAACGUCUUGCUUGACCUUUUCGGUGUGAUCGUCAAUCUGACUUGAGAGAGCACCCCUGUAGUGACUUGGUUAGAGCAUCGCACAUUACACUAAUCAGUGCAAUGUUCUUGUGUGGGCACCUUUAUUUAGGCUGAUCAAGAGAACAAUCAUCCUGUUAUUCUGAUUCUAAACCUACUAUUGUCAUGUGGAUCACCUUUCAGAUAACAUCCUCCCCUCACAGCAGCAAUAAAUUGACAAUAUAUUACCUAUCUACACUGCUCGUUUCCACGGGUUACGGCCACCGCUGCAGCGCAGAUAUGAGGUGUGCAUAAAGCAAGUUGAUGCGCAUGUGUGUCUAUGCAUGCUUCAACAGUACCUGCCACCACAGAGUCCAGUGCUUUUUCUUAUAGAGUGCAAGCAUGGCCACUGCUACUGGAUUGCAGGGUGGUUGUAACCAUGGAAACCAGCAGUGUAUAAUGUGAUGGGAAAUGAAUGAAGCCAGCAAAGGAGGUAAUAUGGAUAAUCACAAUACAUUAGUAAGCCUAGUUUCACACUAGCGCAAAACUGUUCAACCUGCUGGAGUUAAUCAUAUCUGGCAUACCCAGGUAUUACCUUUCCCUGCCCGGCCGAAUCUAGGCCCAAAUGCUGGAAACAGGUCAGAUCCCCACUGGGUACCUUUACAGUCAAUGGGGCCUGGUGAUGCUCUGGCAGUUUCUGGCUACACCGGAUACGAUAAAGAGUUUAGCGCUAGAGUGAAACAAGUCUAUGUGCCUUGUAUGAACUUUGUCUAUAUGAUAAAUUCCAUUGCUAAAGUGAGACAACCCCUUUAAGUGUAAAAAAUACCCCUUUCUGAUGGAAGUGUCCCUUCAAGAAGAUAAAGAGAGACAUUAGCAACACUAAAUGGACUGAUGUCACCAGAGAACACGUAGUUCCAUCAAAACUUGUCUUUUUAAGCAACUUGCUUUUAUUUUGGUUGGUAUAAAAUAUUCCAUAUUGAAAAGAAAAAAGAUGGUGCACUUAUUUGUAAAAACUAGAAAAUAAAGGGAAAAGACGAUGGUACAUCCAUAGUAAUCAGAGAGUCUGAGAGUCCAGUGUUUGCCCAGACUUCAGCCAAAGACUCUUGGGGUCAUUUAUCAAACUGGUGUAAAGUAGAACUGGCUUAGUUGCCCAUAGCAACCAAUCAGAUUUCACCUUUCACAGCUUUGGAAAAUGAAACCUGGAAGCUGAUUGGUUGCUAUGGGCAAUAAGCCCCCUCUGUUCAGAUUGGCUCUAUUAUGUGUUUUAUUGGGGUUCCUAUGUUUCUGAUCAAGUUUAGCAUGGUCUGCAAUUCCAUCCAAACUACCGGGACCUUGAUGGACACUUCUAUAGUCAGAAAUUAUUGGGGUCUGUUUGAAAAUGUGUCUAUCAUAGCUUUCAUGGUUCCUUUAAAGAAGACCUGUCACCUCUCCUGACAUGUCUGUAAGGCUACAUGCACACUACCGUGGUGUGUUUUGCGGUCGGCAAAUCGCGGUUCUGCAAAAC